AUGGAGCUGGCGUCGAGCGACCUCGCGGCGAUGGGCGCGGCGGAGCUGGUCCGCGUCUCAGCGUCGAUCCCGCGCGCGGCUCCUCGCUCCUUCGCGCUGCUCACCGCCUGCCUCGUCUUCCCGCUCGCCUUCGCCGUGCUCGCGCACACCCUCUUCACUGACCCCACGGCCUUCCUGCUGCGCAUCCAGGGCGUCACCUACUCGGACUCGCAGUGGCUCAGGCUCUUCGCCUACCAGUUCCUCUACCUCAUGGUCCUCUGCACCUUCUCCAUCCUCUCCACCGCCGCCGCCGUCUUCACCGUCGCCUCGCUCUACACCAACAAGCCCGCGUCCAUCUCCUCCUCGCUCACCGCGCUGCCCCUCAUCCUGCCUGAACUCCUCGACACUUUCGCAUGGGUCGCCCUCCUCAUGGGCGGCUCCCACCUCGUCUUCGGGCUCACCGUCUUCGGGCUCAUCAACGUCUUCAUCCCCAAGGACGCGUCCGAGUCCGCACCGCUCCCCCUCUCCUUUCUCCUAUGCCUCAUCGCCGUUGUCUUCGUCUUCCUCGGGAUCCACGUCUACAUCUCCGCGCUGUGGCACCUCGCCAGCGUCAUCUCCGUGCUCGAGCCGCUCUGCGGGCUCGCGGCCCUGGCCAGGAGCAAGCGGCUGCUCCAGGGCCGCACCGGCACCGCAGCCACGCUCGUCGCCUCCUACUUCACCGUCUGCGGCGUCACCUCGCUGCUGUUCCGUGCCGCCGUCGUUAAGGGGCGCGCGGAGGAGGGGAGCUUCGGCCUGGCCUUGCCCGGGCGGCUGCUUGUGGGCGCCGUGUGCUGGUGUGCGUUCUUGUGA